AAGGCGAGCGGAUGUACUGAAGAAGAAGAAAUUGAACCUUCCUGUCACGCGAUCAUUUUAGGAUCAUCUCCAUUGAACUUCUUGGCACUCGUCAUGAUGAAUUUGCUUGCGGGGCUUUGCAUUGUGGCACUUUUGGCGUCGGCAAAGGCUCAAGGAACAACAGUAACAACCCAGAACCUAACUGGAAUCACCACCGAUGCCCAAAGGCCUACGGGCUAUUCAACCUACGCCGCCACAUCUGCAACCACCAACCAAAUGGUCCCCACCUCCAAUGGUCUCACCACAAUGAUGGCCACGCCAGAAUCGCUCGCUCCUUUAUCCACCGCCACUCCAAAUGUUUCUCCCUCAAGCGCGGCGAUGACCACACCAGAUCCCGUCACCACGCCCUCUACGGCGCCACCACCUUCUACAGUCAUUAUGACGACGCCUGCAACCGCCACCCAAACAACCACCGCGUGCAAUAGAGGAAGCGGAGGAGCUGACUCGCUGCCGCCGCUGCUGCUGCUCGGGGUCUCAUUCUUUCUCACCAUCGUCUGCACAUGAACGGAAAAAAAACCCCAAAUCUGCCUGAAUGACUCUUGGAACCCAAUCACAUGGUUUAUCGUUUCCCGGGAAACAAAGAAGAAAUAAUCGCUGAUUUAAAAAAAAAAAUUUACUGUGUGUUACACUCGGACAGCCACGCUCAAUAUUUUCAGUGUCAAAAGGAAAAAAAAGUCAUGUAUGGUGUGUUUUCACGGUUUUAUUUUAUUUUUUGUAUUUGUAUCAUUUUGUCAUUUGAUGACUAAAGCUUCUAACAAAAACACUUCACCAGGAUAAGAAAUGACAUUGACAUUAAAAUAAUUUGUAAUGCAGGCUUCGUGAUAAGUAUUUUUGUAUUACGAGAAAUAAAUAUUGAUUCUUUUUUUUUUAAUUACAAACUCAUAAAAUCACCCAUACUGAAGAUUUACUAAUUAAAAACCAAAUCAGAAUCACACACCAAAGUCAAAUGUGUGUCAACCUGAAAUCGGAAUUCAUGCAUCGCUUCGGUUUAAUCUUCGGAUCGACAGAUGGCCAACAGAGCUUCUAAAUGAUAUCCCUUGAAAUUUUUCUGUUGGGGAGAAAUUGGAACACUUAGAAAAAAAAAGAUUUUAAUUUCUAAAAUAUAUAUAUCUCAUCUUCAUACUGUACAC